CAGAAUUUCCCUUUUUGCCAGAGCAGUGCACCAUCAGGGCUCCUAGAGGAGCACCGUACCUGAGCUGGGGCCCGAUGCAGAACGGGGAGGCUAUGAGCCCACAGGACUCUGAGGCCAUGGAGGAGCAGAAGGCCCAGCACCAGAAUCAGGGUUGUGUGGAGCCCACAGCACCGCCACUUCCUCCUCCCUCACCGCCACCACCAGGGCCACCAGAAUACCCCAGACCUCGGCUCAUCUUCCACACCCAGCUGGCUCACGGGAGUCCCACAGGCCGCAUCCAUGGAUUCACCAAUGUCAAGGAGCUGUACGCCAAGAUCGCUGAAGUGUUCAACAUCUCCCCCUCAGAGAUCCUGUUCUGCACCCUCAACUCUCACAAAGUGGACAUGCAGAAGCUGCUGGGGGGACAGAUCGGACUGGAAGACUUCAUCUUCGCUCACGUCAGAGGGGAGACCAAGGAGGUGGAGGUGACAAAGACAGAAGACGCCUUGGGCCUCACUAUCACAGACAAUGGAGCCGGAUACGCUUUCAUCAAGAGGAUAAAGGAAGGCAGCACCAUAGACCGGCUGAAGACAGUAUGUGUUGGUGACCACAUCGAGGCCAUCAACGACCAGAGCAUUGUAGGCUGCCGACACUACGAGGUGGCUAAGAUGCUGAAAGAGCAAGCGAGAGGCAUACCCUUCACUCUCCGCCUGGUGGGGCCCAAGAAGGCCUUUGACAUGAUUGGGAUGAGGACCAGAGCUCCAAAAUCUAACGAGGGCAAGAUGGUGAAUGGCAGGGAGACGCUGCGUCUUCGCUCGAAGGGGGCUGCUACAGUUCAGGAAGUGCAGAACGAGUUUGAAGAACAGGCCACCAAAAAAGUGGACGACCUGCUGGAGAGCUACAUGGGUAUCAGAGAUCUGGAGCUGGCAACCACCAUCGUGGAAGCGGGCAAAGACAAGAAGAACCCUGAUGACUUUGCCGAGGCCUUGGACUCCGUUCUGGGAGAUUUUGCUUUCCCUGAUGUGUUUUUGUUUGAUGUAUGGGGAGCUAUUGGAGACGUCAAGAAUGGUAGAAUGUAGACAUUACCAUAUGCACAACAUUGAGAGCGAGCUCUGUUCCCUGGUACAUCCUACUGGGAAAAAUGUAUAGAAGGGACUUAUUAAUUAUUAAUUAACAAAUUUAAUUCAACCAUUUCCCUUUGAACAGUCAAAUGACAACAAAUUGCCCAUAAACAGAUCAUCACUCUUAAUGUUUUCCUGCAAUUUGACAAAAUUUACCAAUAAACACAAAACACAGACAUUUGCAGUAGUUCUUAAAUGCAUUUGGACUAAAAAACAAAAAAAAUUGAACUGAACCACAACUGUGUGUCGCUGAUGAUCUUGUUUAGAAAAAAGUGACAGUAAAAUGUGUUGGUUCACAUAAAUACAUACUUACUUCCAUUUUGAUUAAAGAUAAAAGUUUAUUAAAUGUUAUAAGGGCUCUCUUACCAUACAUAUAGACCACUGUGUAUAGGAUAUGUAAACAAUGUGUCAGGAAACACAACUGCAAAACAGCGGACAAUCAGCCAGCCAUCUAGGAAUUAAGGAAGUGAGAUAAGCUACAGUUGGUGUUUUUCCUCUGAUGAAGGACAACUGGGGUAAACAGGAGAGGAAUGGUGAGAACGUAUUUGUCUAGUUCUCCAUGACCAAUAACCUACACAGGCUAGAGAUCUACGUGCAUUAUCUUUAAGUUAUAAUAUGUUUUCACACAGGCUGUUACUAUAUUUAUAUAGAACUGGUUUACUCUAUUGAAAUAACCAAUUUAAAUAUUUUCAGUCCUCAGGAAGUGACUGAUCUAAACUUACAAAAAAAAAUCUAUUUUAAGACAUUAAUCAAAUUCGUCAUCUGGAAAUGGGAUCAUCUGGGGAAGAAGGUCAAAGGGACGAUCUCCAGCUGAUGGCACUGUCCUGCAAUUUCCCAUAUGAUGGUGACUGGCAACUAAGCCCAUAUUUCCCACAAUAAAAAAAUCCCAAACAAAUUAAGCUAGCUUGUUUGCGUGUAAACCAUUUCCUUGGAGUUCCCUGCUGCGAUGUUGCCUGAAAAAAAUGAAGGUCUUCAUGCCCACUAAUAUUAAAGUAACUUUUCACUUGCUUCCACUUUUGCCAUAAGCUUACAGGAAACGUUUCUGGUUUGUUUCAAUAAGAGAAUGUAAAUACUUGACCAGUUUGUUGCAGUCUUUAUUCUUCAGUAUCAAUAUGCUGCUCUCUCUGUCUGUCUCUGCAUUGAAGAAUCUUUACUGUAAGAAGAAGGGAGCAUCAAACCAUGUGUUGACUCAACUCAACUUCACUCAGUAUUUUUCUGAUUGUGAUGCUGUCUUUAAUCUCUUUGUAUAUGACUGCGCCUCUUUGUGAAGACCUGAAAAUGUAUGGCACAUUUCACAUGUUUAAAUUUUAAGUAAAACAGUUGAAACCACA